CGGAACCAAAGGGGGAGGCGGCUCAUUCUCAGCGGCUGGCGCUCUCGACGACGACGGCAGCAGCAGCAUGAGCGGGCCGGAGAGUGGCGGGGGGCCGGGGCUGCCGCCGCUGCCCAAGAGCCUGAGCGGGCUGCUAAACUCCUCCUCGGGCGGCGGCGGCGGGCGCUGGCGGGACCUGGAGCGGCUCUAUGCGCAGAAAUCCCGCAUCCAGGACGAGUUGAGCCGGGGGCGGGCGAGCAGCGUCGGCCGAGGCUCUCCCCGGCCGCCCAACCUGGACGCGGCGCUGGCCCUGCUCCGCAAGGAGAUGGUUGGCCUUCGGCAGCUGGAUAUGUCAUUGCUAUGUCAACUGUACUCUCUUUAUGAAUCAAUACAAGAAUACAAAGGGGCAUGCCAAGCUGUAUCUAGUGCAGACUGCACAUAUGCUUUGGAAAAUGGCUUUUUUGAUGAAGAGGAGGACUAUUUCUAGGAACAACACAGCAGGGACAAAAGUGCAUGGAUCAGUCUUUCACUCUGUGUAACUCCCAUUUCCAAGAAAGAUUGGAGGCUGGAAUCUAUCUAGACAUCUCUUCUUGGGGGGUACACCCCCGCUACCUUACCUGUUGUUAAACUCAUUUAUUUCUGGCAGACUGUCAAUACAAGUUACACAUGCAUAAGCUACUUCUGGAAAGUGAUGCGCUACGUGUUUUGAGGAGUCCUCCAACAUGUUUGACAGGUGGUAUCAUUUUUAAUUUGCAGGCUGGGUGUUUCCAACCUACUGAUUUUUGGCAAGUAACUUACAGCUAUAAUUUUGAUCAAACAAGAGGGUGAUAACAUCCUGAGUAUUCUAAUAACUCUUUCAUAAUUGUGGUGUGAGUAACUAUGGAUGGUAUGCGUUUGUCAACAGUACAGAUAAAUACUGUUUGAAGAAAUGAUUUGAUACACACAUUCCAAGCUGUACUAAGCUAGUCUGCUCUUAUCAGCCAUGUCACUUAACUCCAGUUCUGCACUGGGUGGAUUGUUUACACAAUUUCUCAGAUAUUUAUCUUUCACCCUCUCUACAUAAAACCAUAUUUUGCCAUGUUCUUUUCUUCCUAGCCCAAAAGCUACAUGUAUGCUAGUGAAUGUUAUCAGUACCCUUUUUUUCCUGCUGAUCUAAUUUACUUUCUUAGUGCUACCAAGGGGCAAUAACUUUUACAUUGACUUCUAGAGCUGUCUUGCAUAAACAUAGUUCUGUGACUGCUAACAUCUGUUUCAAAAUGGUUUACUCAGCUUUUACGGUAUUGAAUAGUAAAAGCAUAGGUUCAGUCAGUCUGUCAGCCACUGUGUGGCUUGUAAUAAGCCAAACUCUUACGCAAGUGUUUUCAAUCGCAUGAAGAUGAAGUAUCAGGAAACCUUUAAUACAAGAUACUGGGACAAACUGCAAUAUUUUGUACUGGGUGAACUUUGUUUCUGGAAGGUAACCUUCAACUUUAAAAAAAAAAAAAAAAAAAAAAAAAAAACACCCUACAAAAUAAGUAUAUUGGGAGUAUAGUUUGCAUGUGUUAACACUUUUGAUACUACCAUAUUUGCUUAGAACUAAGCUUGAAGUAUAUAUUUUUUGUUUUGUUUUCAGAGCUUUUUAAAGCAUUAAACUAAGUUUAUUACGAUUUAAAAGUGCAAGUGUGUGUGUGCGCAUGUGUGUAAUAUUGAAUGUGUUCAACAUGUAUCUGGGAGUAACCAGCUCUUUGCACCAUUUUUAAGUAAAACGGCAGUUUUCAACAUGGCUAAUUCCCUUUAAAUUUAGAAAUUUAAAAACUGCUGUAAAAUUCUGACAUCAGACUUUGAUACAGUCUAAUAAUUUGGACUGCCUUGAGAAGAAAGGUUGAGAACAACUAAUACAUCUUGGACAAUUUAAGUAGCUUAUAUAUUAUAAACUUUAUAGUUUCCAUCAGUGAAAGGACUAAGCUGCAGGAAUCAGUGGUUUAUUAAGGUGUUUACUUGGCUAUCUCAAAUUACACUUUUAGAGAAGCUGUCCUGAAUUUAGGGUUUGUAAAAUGCUUACCUUGGAAUACCACACUUCACUAGCUAUGCUGAAGGCUGGUUGUAAAGGAAAAUGACAUUGUACACUUAGAGCAGUAUACAGUGUCUUAAAGCAAUUAUUGUAGAUGUUGUAUCUGUGAGCCUCCAUAAGACAAAUACCCACAUUGUAGCUACAUUUUUGACCUCUGAACUAAGUCUUGUGUUGCGUCAGUAUAGAGAUGCCUUAACUCGCUGCAGUUUCUGUUUUAAAAACAGAGUGACCUUAAGGGCUUAUUCUUCAAAGGGUGUUUGGUUCAUGUGUCUGGCACACAUUCAACUUACACCCAGAAUCACAGAUCCAAUUCUGCAGGUAGUUCCCUACUUAACUGUCAGCAAAAGCUAGUAUUAUAUAAUGUGUUGCAUUGACAUAAGUGAAGAUAGUUUAGGUUGCUAUUUGUGUGUAUUCUCCUUUUAAACUGUGAUAGUAAUGGAAUCUAAACUCAACAAAAGUAGAGCUGCUGUAUAGGAAAAAGCUAUUUCAUGUGCAGUAAUUUGUAUUUUUCUCUUUAAAUGUGUACUACAGCGUGCUUACAUUUAAAAAGAAAAUCAUUUCUGACCUAAUUCACUCAGUAAGGCAUAAGUGAAAAAUGAAAGAAUGGAGUUCUAUAAGUUUCAUAUAGCAAACUUAGUAAUCAAAAAGACAACUUCUGUAUUUAGACAAUUUUAAUGUUUGUGUGUAUAUUCAGCAAUUGUACCCUUUUCACCAUGGUUAGUCUUCCAAAUGUAUUAAAUGUAAUAAUUUGGAUACAACUUGCUAUAUUAUUGGCAUUAAAAAAGCUUGUCCUAUUCUAUUUACAUCCCCCUCUUCUCCUGACCCAUUCCAAAAAAUAAAAAUGUGUGUGGCAUAAAAUGUAAAGUUG